UGUAAGUCUGACAAGUUUCACACAGUUUCAAAUUAAGGCUCUUAAGUUUUUCAAGAUAUGUCUCCAAAACAGUGGCUAGCUUUACUAGCAUUCUAUGUAUCUUAUUUGUUCUUCGGCGCGAGUGUCUUCUAUCAUUUUGAGCAUAAAUUAGAGACUGAAAGACGUGCAAUCGCGAAACAAAAUCAACUUUCUGUAAAUGAUUUGUUAUUGAAAUCAUUCAAGCCUAUGGAUGCUGAAUUGAGAAAAAGUGUGCUGGAAGAAAUAUCGAAUUAUUGUGAAAAGUCGGUAACUAACAAUACGGACGAAUAUUUGGAAAAGCCUUACAUUUGGAAUUUUUAUCACUCCUUCUUCUUUUCUUUUACUGUUUGUUCAACCGUGGGAUAUGGCAAUAUAUCACCAACAAACACAUUUGGACGAAUGUUCAUGAUUUUAUAUGCCUUGAUCGGUCUUCCAGUAAACGGUAUUUUAUUCGCCUAUCUUGGUGAAUUUUUCGGAUCCAUGUUUAUCAAUAUUUAUCGAAGAUACUCAAAAAAUGUGGAUAAAAAUUACAAACCAGCCCAAAUUGGACUCUUAGCACAAAUCGCUUUAUAUUUUCUUCCUGGCAUAGUUUUCUUCAUAUUUAUUCCUGCCUGUUUAUUCUCGUAUUUUGAAGAUUGGAAUUAUUCCAUAUCAGUUUAUUAUGCCUUUGUCACAUUAACUACCAUUGGCUUUGGAGAUUUUGUGCCAACAUUUGGUUCCGCACAAGAAGAGCAAUUCGGGAUUUUCUUCUUGCUUUACCAAAUUUUUAUCAUUUUUUGGUUUAUUUCUGGCUUGGGAUAUUUAGUGAUGGUUAUGGGAUUCCUGGCAAGAGGCUUAAGGAGCAAAAAAAUCGCAAAGUUGGAGAAAAAACUUGCACAUAACAUUCGAGAUAGAAACGAAAAAUUGUGGCAAAAUAUGCAAAAGGAUCGAGAUUAUUUGCGAAAAAUUUUCAACGAAAUGUAUGUUUUGAAUUAUAAGGAAAGUGGAAGAGCUUUUGUCGAUAUGAGAGCCUUGGAACAAAAAUCAGAGUCUUGUCCAGAUAUUGAAAUAUUAAAAACCCAGAAUCAAACAAGUAGAAGAAGGGCUUUUUCAGAAGCAACAUGGUUGGCUCCAAUGGUGAAAAGCAGAUCUGUUGGUGACUUGGAUCUAGAAGAUUAUUUCGUGAGAAGUUACGUCGAUUCAAUUAUUAGUGACUACCAAAAUACGACAUUUUUGGAUAUAAGACCACAAAUUUAUUCAAAAAGGUUGCAGUUGAGCCAAAUGAAUCAACUAAGAGACAGUAUUGCUAAAAUGAGUAAAUAAUAAUAUAAAAAAAUAAAUUGUGUGAAUUUAAAAUUGUUAUAGUUAUAGAAUAGUGUAAAUAGACAAAUUUUAGGAAAAAAC